CGGCGUGGCCAGGCCAGCUUCCGGCGUCCGUCGGUCAGCUGUGGGGUGCUCUACCCCGGCUGUGAGGACCCUGAGGGCUGUGCAGCUGACUGGCGUUGUGGUCAGCGGGGGCCUUUCCAGAGGACGGCGUGCGGACUGUGGGCUCCAUGUGAUCACCUAUCUGAAAGCCUCCAGUGGAGUCCUAUCAAUGGAGACUUCAUUGGAUAGGGAAUGAAGGAUGGCAGCACGCCGUGCAUUAAAAGCUGUUUUGGUAGAUCUCAGUGGCACACUUCACAUUGAAGAUGCAGCUGUGCCAGGCGCACAGGAAGCUCUUAAAAGGUUACGUGGUACUUCUGUAAUCGUUAGGUUUGUGACCAAUACGACCAAAGAGAGCAAGCAAGACCUGUUGGAAAGGUUGAGAAAAUUGGAAUUUGAUAUCUCUGAAGAUGAAAUAUUCACAUCUCUGACUGCAGCUAGAAGUUUAUUAGAGCAGAAACAAGUCAGACCCAUGCUGCUAGUUGACGAUCGGGCACUACCUGAUUUCAAAGGAAUAAAAACAAGUGAUCCUAAUGCUGUGGUCAUAGGAUUGGCACCAGAACAUUUUCAUUAUCAAAUUCUGAAUCAAGCAUUCCGGUUACUCCUGGAUGGAGCACCUCUGAUAGCAAUCCACAAAGCCAGGUAUUACAAGAGGAAAGAUGGCUUAGCCCUGGGGCCUGGACCAUUUGUGACUGCUUUAGAGUAUGCCACAGAUACCAAAGCCACAGUCGUGGGAAAACCAGAGAAGACGUUCUUUUUGGAAGCAUUGCGGGGCACUGGCUGUGAACCUGAGGACGCAGUCAUGAUAGGAGAUGAUUGCAGGGAUGAUGUUGGUGGGGCUCAGGAUGCUGGCAUGCUGGGCAUCUUAGUAAAGACUGGGAAAUAUCGAGCAGCAGAUGAAGAAAAAAUUAAUCCACCUCCUUACUUAACUUGUGAGAGUUUCCCUCAUGCUGUGGACCACAUUCUGCAGCACCUACUGUGAAACACUGUGUGCAUCUGAAGCGACAUGAAACGCAGCUUCUUCUUGCCUGGAAUGACUCCCUUACCAACUCAGUGCCAGUAUCGGUAGACACAUCCCAGUUAGUGCUGAUCACUUUUUAACCCUCCUUUAUUGUGCAUUAAUUAGAAAGAAGAGUAUUGAAUUGCAGCCCGCCAGUAAGCCUUGCUAAUCCCUUUUAUUUUGUAACUGAAGAUGAGACCCAAAGAAAGGGAAAGCUGAGAUUUUGUGCCAUUCCUUUUAAAAUAUUCAUCAGGUUAGGCGGGGCUGAGAGGGAGAAGCUACCGCAGGGAAGAUUGUUCUCUGCUGUCUCCUCACUGGAAAACAGGGAGGGAAGAAUUCUGACUGUGAAUAAAGUUGAACAGUGGGUUUUAAGUUAUAAAGUAAUGUAUUAAAAGGUGCAUUAGACCUUAGUUCUAAUAUUGAGUUCAACUGUGAAAUCCAUCAGAAGUGCUAAAUGGAGAAGACAGAAGCAGCAAAGUGAAUUGUCCUUUAGACCAAGUGAUACAGUGAAUUUGCUUUAACAGAUGUUGAAAACUAAAUUUUCUACUGUUUUUCCAACACUGGUGACUUCUUUAUCUCUUGAUUAGCCAGAGAUGACUAAUUUAAAUUUAGAACCAGAUUUUAAUUUAAAAUAAUAUUUCCAUUAAUAACCUAUUCAUUGCAGAUACCUAUUAUACUGUGUAACAGUUGUUUUGGAAAUUUUAUGUAAAAUUAAAACUAUCAGUAUUUUACAGAUGUUUUAAUUAGACAUUGUUAUUAACAGGAACAGUACAGAAACUAGAAUCAAGCCUUUAAUGUCUUAUAGACCAUGCGUUUUUGAAGUUAGUGUCCAUUAGGGUCCUAUUAACUGUACAUUUGCAAGAUUUCAUUAUUUUUGCCUCUGACACUAUGGGAAAAAUUUUUUGGAAGCUAUUGGGACAGAUUCAAGCUUUUAUGUACUUGGUUACUACAGCUGUAAAAUGAAAUCUCGUCUUGUAGCAUGGAUUAUUCUUCUCAUGUUAAACCCACCAAAAUGAAGGGGACUAAUAGGUAAUGAUUUUCCUAGUGCAUUUGCAUAUUGUGAUAAUCCUGGGCCUUUGCAGUUGUUUUACGGGGCUCUUGGGCAUUGAAUUAUUAGGAUGUAAUUGUACAUCAUUGUAGUGUUCACCUUACUGAAGCUCACACUGAUGUUAUUAAGCUUCGGGUUUUGAUGCUUGUUUAGAGAUCAGCAGAGUUGGAUGGGAGGGAACAAAGCUAAAUAAAUGGUAGUUUGGUGA